ACUAAAAACUUCGCCCCGCAGGACGAUUGCUUUACGCUGUGUUGAACGGUCCAUGGCUACUGAGAUUGACCUAAUCUCAGUCGAGACCGUGUUAUUCUCUUCAAAAGGGAAUGAUACCGCAGUACCUUCACAAAGCUAUCUAUUCUCCCUCCCACUGCCGCCUGACGCGCCGCAGUGCAUACACACUUCACAUUCUGCGCUGGAAUACACUCUAACUGCGACCCUUCAUCCGUCUGACGCCGCCAAAGCUCCCGUCUCGAGCACAGUACUCGCCCACACACGACGCUAUGCAUCGCACCCAGAUAUGCUGCAAGUGAUGUCCGAAACACAGGAGAUCACAGACCCCACGCCAGUCGCAGUGCAGGUACCCCGGACGACUUUCAGAGCAAGAGAACACAUACCCUUGUACAUUUCGAUACCGUCUCCGAGGCGAGAGCUAAUCUUGGACGAUGGACUUCGGCUGCGGAAUAUACGCGCGGAACUCGUCAGGAUGGUCGAGCUGAGCCCCAAGGACAAGCCUGAACCCGAGGACAGUCAACAAAGCCAGCCAAACACUUCCGCUUUUGUUCCCGUUCAGAAAUCUAACGAUAUGUCCACUUCGUACGCCCUCGACCUGCGCCAAUUUAUCGGCACGCCCGGCGGCGGAGAAGUCAUCGCGCUUUCGGGCACUUCAUGCAGGCUUCACCCGACGCGCCCACUUCAAAUCCGCUUAGUAUUGCACCCUCGGGAAGAGGAUUCCCCACACAAUUCAAACGAAAUACACGGGGAUGCACUUUCCAGCUCGGGAGAUGUCGCGCAUGAAGUCAGCACGUCGUGCACAUCUAUAUCUCAAUCUACAGUGCUUCACGACGUCUCGUUCUCCAUUGUUGUUCACGCGACCUUCAUGAACAUGCGUUCACAUACUGAGCGAGUCUCCACCAUCGCUAUCCCCAUUCUCAUACUGCCGCCUACUGCACCUCUUCCUGAGGUGGAAGAGUCUUUGGCAAUGGAUUACCAUAAGAAGCACGAUCGUCCUCCAACUCGGACCGUUAGGCAGGAGGACGGUGACGCGCCGCAGUACUCAGAAGGUGAGCCGGGGCCCAGUUAUAGCGCAGCACCUCCGCCCUUUGAAGAACGCGAUGCGCCACCGCCUUUCUUCUCCGCCUCUGUCGCAUCCGGGUCAAGACUACCGACGUUCCAAGAAUCGGAGACCGAGAUCUACGUCCCUGUCGAGCAUGACUCAGCCAUGAUCCCGCCGCUGCCACCUUCUCAGCUAACGUUCGACGGUGAAGGAGUCUUGUUCGGAUUCCCACCGUCUGAACAGUUCGAUGGUUACCAGGAGCAGGAGCGGCCUGUAACACCUCCACCUUCGAUGGAGAUGGCAACGCGCGAUCCGAAUGUCACCAGCCUCGCGAUGCUGGACGGGAGGUCUGCACUGAACGCACUCGAGCUCGCACUCGAGCAACACCCAGACGCUUCAGCCGAAAGCGCAGUCCCGCCGCCUCCACCCCCACCCAUGGAUGAUCCCUCAGAUCCCCCACCGUCCAUCGACUCUGUGUUCCGAUCUCCGAACGCUCACCACGGCCAACCGCCUCUGAUGCACCCCGCAGUAGCACCUACGCAGUCAAAUGCAGCUGCGAGCGAGAUGAGCUCACAGCCAGGGGUAUCUCAUGAGCAUGCCCCUCCGCCAUAUGGUGUGCCAGAUGAACAUGCAUCAAGCAAUGAUCAAGAGACCGUUACUCAUCCGCCGCCGUAUGUUGAUCUUGUUCCGGCAAGGGAAUCAGGGACCGAGUAGAUAAUUGUGCUCACACGCCGAGCUGUAGUUUCUCGCUGACGCGGGUAUGUCAAUAUGUCCAGAUGUAAUAAAUCAUAGGAUACAUGUACCGGUGAAACAAAGGGCGUUGAAUCAGGAAGAUGACAGCGAUAGAAAAAGAAAGCUGUACGCAUGCGGUCGGUGGAGAAGUCAGCUGGGGUCUGUGCGUGUAUGCAGAGGCAUUGCAAGGAGUCUCAGCAGUUGCAGGCGUCCUUGCCCUUAGUUUGGUUCUCCUGCAAGUUCACAUUGCCUCCUUGAGCACUAUCGCCCGCACGACCGCCCGCAGCACCUCCCCGGCCGGCGCCACCACGAGAGGAUGCCAUAAUUUGGUCGAUUGGUAUCUUCUUGGCUAUUUGAGCGAGAUGAGUACCGACCUUGGAA